AUGACGCUAUUUGUGAAGAAAUUCAACAAGUUUCUCAAGAAGAGUGGCUUCAACAAAAAUAGUGGAAGAAAGAAGACAUUCGACAAGUCAAGGGGAAGACUCUCAACAAGAACAUGCUAUGAGUGCGUCAAAUCGGGUCAUUUCAUCGCAGAUUGCCCCAACAAGAAGAACAAGGACGAAGGUGAGAAGAAAUGGUACAACAAGGACAAGUACCACAAGAAAGACAAGAGUAAACACUACAAGAAGAGCUACAAGGGUCAAGCUCAUCUUUGUCAAGAGUGGGACUCAAAUGCCUCUGACACUAACUUCGAUGAAGAAGAAGGUGUCGCUACAAUUGCUCUUGCCACUUCACCAAAAAUCAAGUGGCUAUUCGAAGAUUCAAGCGACAACGAGUCUCCCAUUUGCCUCAUGAAAAAAUGGUGUAAGCAAUAUAUUUCCAUGGAAGAAGUUGGGUGA